AUGGAAGCUGUGUGCCGAGGCUUCGCUGCCGUGCUGAAGCCGCAGCUGGGGCAGGUGCUCCGAAACCGUGGCGAGCUGGCGGAGGCCGAGGCGGUGUGGCGCCGAGUCUUGGAGGCCCGAGAGGCGAAGUGGGGAGCGAAGGACGAAGAGACCUUGGUGACGUUCAACAAUCUAGCGGCCGUCCUGUAUCACCAGGGCAAGUAUGAGGAGGCCGAGCCGCUUUAUCGCAGAGCUUUGGAAGGAAGUGUGGUUCCCGAAGUCUUCACGCAGCUCAACAAUUUAGCGUUUCUGCUGCAUGAACAGGGCAAGUAUGAGGAGUCUGAAGCGCUUUGUCGCAGAGCGCUAGAAGGACGCGAGGCUUAUUUUGGAGCCCGGCACCCCCUGACCCUCAUGUCUACCACCAACUUGGGGGCGCUGCUGUGUGAUCAAGGAAAACUGGACGAGUCGGAGGUGCUCUUGCACCGAGCGGUGGAAGGUGAGGAAGCCCAGCAGGGCAGCCAUCAUCCCGAGACGCUCCGCUCGGUCUUCCGCCUGGCCCGCCUCCGCGUUGCUCAAGGGCGGUUGGAGGAGGGCGAGGUGCACUUCCGCCGGGCGAUGGAAGGCUUUGAAACCCAGUUGGGAGUCAGACAUCAGUGGACACUCGACGCAAUCUUGGGUCUUGCGAAGCUCUUGGAGGCGAAAGGUUCCGAGGAGGCCAGCUGGCGGGGGUCCAGCAGCUCUUCAGUCUCUUCGGCCCUGUGUUCUUUCGGAUGCUUCGUUUCUUCUAAAAUGCAUCCGAUUGCUUUCCGGUCCACCCACUUGUGGUUUUCCGAAGCUUGGAGCGUCCUCUCAAAAUCACUCUCGCCACUUGGUUUCAAGGCACACAAGCUCUACCAACGGCAGUUGGACGCCUUGAAGGAGUUGCAUGGCCCUGACCAUGCACAGACCUGCGAAUGCCGUGAACGCCUGGAACACCUGCGUGGAAACAAGCGACAAGAAGAUCCAACAGCUGAGGCCAUGAUGCCAGAUUCAGCUGAUCAGUGAGCUGCAUUUUCUUGCACAUCGAUGCAUUCCGCAAGAUCUGUGGGAUCCAGUCUCACUUGCGAAUCCACAUGAGACCCUCCUGAGAGCUCAAGUGAAAAGCGUUUGAAGCUCCUCA